AUGUCUCAAACAAAGAUCAAAGCCGUUUUCUUCGACUUCAUGGGCACCUGUCUUGAUUGGCAUACCAGCGUGGUCAAAUCCUUGCCUCCUUCCAUCCCAGAGGCGGAAAGAUCGAAGCUUGCGCUUGAAUGGCGCAGAAGAUACUUCCUUGAGAAUAGCCAACGUCACCAACAAGGACUUUCGCCCGAGGAUAUCGACGUUACCCUUGCCCGUGUUCUCGAUGCGGUACUUCCCGACUUUCCUUCUUCUAACGCCGCCAUAGCCCCCGAUGUCAAGGAACAGAUUAUCCAGGCCUGGCACUCUCAACCUGCGUGGCCGGAGGUCGGAAAAGCAAUUCGCAGCCUACGCGAUGAUCUUGGCCUCGAAGUCUUUGUUCAUGCCAAUGGUACAACCCGCCUGCAGCUUGAUCUGACGCGCUCUUCCGGCUUAGAUUUCAACAUGCUAUUCUCCAGUCAGUUGCUAGGUGUCUAUAAGCCUAGUCCGUUGGCAUAUCAAAAAGCACUGGACCUGGUCAAACUAAAGCCGGAGGAGGUUGUUCUAGUCGCGGCGCAUGCUUACGACUUGCGCGGCGCUCAAAGCGUUGGACUGAAAACCGUUUAUAUACAGCGAUGGACUGAUGACAUAGACGAGGAUAUGGAUCAGGUGAGAACUGAGUUUGAUGAGUUUCUUGACGAUAUGGAGAAUCUGCCCGCUAUUAUUACCCGGCUGUGA